UUCAGUGGCCAACGAGAGGACAAAACCCACGGCGGGGGCUUGGGCGAUUCGAGCAGCGAGAGUGGGGACGAAACGAAGAGGCAAGCAGUGAGCCAGCAACAGCAACAACAGCCAUCCUCGUGCGCUGUUCAGCAACAGCAACAGCAGCAGCAAAUGGUGGAGCAUCAACAGACGUCGAGCAUGUAUCAGCUUCCUCCUCCCGUCUCCGUUUCCAGUCCUCAUUCGUACCACCAAGGCCACGGCUCGACCUUGAGCCAUCCUCACACGCCGACGCACCACAUACAGCACCACGACACCGGAAGCGAGAGCGGUGACGACAAACGGAACCUUCAUCAUCAGCUGCAACAUCAUCUCCAGGUCGGUGCUCACGGUACUCAUGGCUUGGUACAUCCCACGGCGACCUUGCCACCGCCGCCACCCAGCUGCGCCCAGCAGAAGACCCAGCUGGACUAUAUGCAGUACUAUAGUCCACAGGAUUACCUAAUAACGCCGACCUCGGCGGAUCUGCAGAAGUCGCUCCCUCACACCGCCACGUCGAUGCAGAUGGGUGCUAUAGCUCCUUCCAUGGGUGGACUGAGCCCGAUGGGUCCGUCGACGAUGCUGCCGAACACGAUGCAGAGUGUGAACACGAUGAACACUAUGUCGAUGAACGGCAUGGGAAUGGGGGCGUAUCAGAGCAUGGGCUCCAUGGGGAUGUCCACGUCGCAUAGUAGUUAUCACAGCGGUCUGGUAUUGGGCGACUAUCAUUCGUUGUGACCCUGGGCCCCGAGCAGUCAGGGCAAGCGAAACCAAGAGAAAACUUAAAGAGAGAAAAGGCGUGGGCAAAUGACGCGAGACGAAGAAAGAAAAA